CCAAGUGGUGGUGAAAAUGAACAUUUAUCGCGAGCUAUCGUUCAAAUAUGCAACAAAUACAUUUUAAACAUAUAUUAAUUGCAUUUCGUUAGAGAGAGAGAGAAAAGUACUUGGCGUACAGGCUAACGUAAACAACGUUUUACGCAGUUAGAUUUUCAGGUGACGUUACUGUAAACAGUUCCUCCUGUUAAAAUAAAAAAAAAUAUGACAAAGAGAAAGAUUUGAGUCGGAAGUCUGAUGUUACUACAGUCGCUGUCAGGAAUGAUGUGGUAUGGACUAACAAACCGAAGAGGAAGAUUCUUGAUGAAGUCAGAUCAAUAUAUAGAGAGUUUGGGGAAGAUCAUCCAGAGGGACUUUUUCCCAGAUGUCUCCAAACUUAAAGCGCAGAAGGAUUAUCUGGAGGCGGAGGAGAACAGAGAUCUGGAGUGGAUGAGGGAGGUCGCCAUCAAAUAUGGGAAAAGCCGCUGAAAAAAGAGAGGAAAAUGAUCUUCUGUCUCUGGACCAUUUUCUUGCUAAAAACACAAGUGAAGACAAUGCAUCCUUUGAGCAGAU